CACUCCCCGAGUCUCAUGUCUCUGACUCUCCUCCCCAUAUCAACAAGCAUAUGAUGCCACGGCCGAUCGAUCGAGAACAUUUCCUCCAUUAUAUUGUCCGGCGAUCGAUCGAGUUUUUCAUUCUCUCCUCGUUCCUUGGAGAUCUUGAGCUGAUAAGCCAGCCAGGGUGCCCUCAUCCGAUCAAUUACUUCCAUUCCAUCGUUGGCCACGCCCCUGCUUCCUCCCGUACCUUGCCUGCAACGAUCGUCGAUCGAGUUAUAUAUGUUGUUGAUGCUGUGUUGUGCAGCAGCUCAGUGCUAGCUUGCUCUGACUGACUGCAACCAGCACAAGUCCAGAAGCAUGGGUUGCAGGGCGGCGGCAAUGGCCAUCGUCGUGGCGGCGGCGCUCUGCGCGGCGGCGGCGCUGGCGAGAGACUUAGGGGAGGUGGUGGACGAGUUCGGUGGCGGCGCGUCCUUCAUCUUCGGGGACUCGCUGGUGGACGCCGGGAACAACAACUACAUCCCGUCGCUGUCCAAGGCCAACAUGACCCCCAACGGCAUCGACUUCGCGGCGUCGGGCGGCAUGCCCACGGGGCGGUUCACCAACGGCCGGACCAUCGCCGACAUCAUCGGCGAGAUGCUGGGGCAGGCGGACUACUCGCCGCCGUUCCUGGCCCCCAACACCAGCGGCGGCGCGAUCCUGAACGGCGUCAACUACGCGUCGGGGGGCGCGGGGAUACUGAACGCGACGGGCAAGAUCUUCGUCAACAGGAUCGGCAUGGACCUGCAGGUGGACUACUUCAACGCGACGAAGCGGCAGCUGGACGAGCUGCUGGGCGGGGACAGGGCCAAGGAGUUCCUGCGAAAAAAGGCCAUCUUCUCCGUCACCGUCGGCUCCAACGACUUCCUCAACAACUACCUGAUGCCGGUCCUCUCCACGGGCACGCGCAUCUCCGAGUCGCCCGACAGCUUCAUCAACGACCUCAUCUUCCACCUGCGGGACCAGCUCACGAGGCUGUACUCGCUGGACGCCCGCAAGUUCGUGGUGGCGAACGUGGGCCCGCUGGGGUGCAUCCCGUACCAGAAGACGAUCAACCGGGUGGGCGAGGACGAGUGCGUGAAGCUGCCCAACCAGCUCGCCGCUCAGUACAAUGGCAGGCUCCGGGAGCUGCUGAUCGAGCUCAACGGGAACCUCCCCGGCGCCAGGUUCUGCCUCGCCAACGUCUACGACCUCGUCAUGGAGCUCAUCACCAACUACCCCAACUACGGGUUUGAGACGGCGAGCGUGGCGUGCUGCGGCAACGGCGGGUCCUACGACGGCCUGGUGCCGUGCGGGCCGACGACGAGCAUGUGCGACGCCCGGGACAAGCACGUGUUCUGGGACCCCUACCACCCAUGCGAGGCCGCCAACGUGCUGCUCGCCAAGUACAUCGUCGACGGCGAUAGCAAGUACAUCUCGCCCAUGAAUCUCAGGAAGCUCUUCUCCCUCUAGCUUGGGUUUCCCGGCCCAUCAAGCUGGCCGUCCACGUCAAGCUUCCCUUCCACCAUUCCCGCCUGCAUCUGUAUCAUCUGGGACAAGUGCUCAACUAAUCUUUUGCCAUGUAAUUUUCAGACUUCAGAGUGUGCGUGUGUGUAAUUUUGUAAGCCAGUUCCUCGCUCAUUGCAGAUACGAUUUUUUCUUUCAUUUUAUAAAAAAACAUUGAGACUCAUUAUUGGGGACA